CUUCCUUUCCCCCACUCUCGCCUAUAAAACCCCCAAUCCUAACCCUACAUCGAUCCAAUUUCUGCCAUUGACGCCGAUUCGAAGCUUCCGGCGCCUCAUUCAUUUCUAUCUCCGACCCUUCUGUUGUUAUGCUUCUCACUUUUUGUCUUGUAACUUAGGGUUUACAACUAUUUUGUAGCUCCAAUUUUUUGCUGUAUCGUUGUUUUCAGAAGUUUUGUUCGUUGUAACGAGGAUCUUUUUUUUCUCUCCUUUUGAUGUUAAGAGGAUUUAAUUGUUUAGCAAUUGUCUGCGAGAAUUAGGAUUAGAUUUUAGGGCUCGUUUGUUGAGCGUUCUUGUUCCUUUUUGAAAUGGAGAAUUCGCGAAGACCGUUUGAUAGAUCCAGAGAUCCCGGUCCGAUGAAGAAACAGCGCAUAGCCGAGGAACCAAUUCGGCCUUCGAAUCCGAACGCGCGGCAGGUUCCGACACAGAGACCUCUCGGCUCAGUGUCCGUAACACCGGUUGCGAGAUUACGAGCCGGAGGCAGAGCGGAUAGCGGUGACCCGAGCCGUGAGGCGUAUCAGCCACAGCCAGUGAAUCCGCACCAUGAGCUCGUGAGCCAGUACAAGUCGGCACUGGCGGAGCUUAUUUUCAAUUCGAAGCCCAUAAUAACGAACCUGACGAUAAUCGCAGGAGAGAAUCUUCAUGCGGCGAAGGCCAUCGUAUCCACAAUUUUCAACAACAUCCUCGAGGUACCAAGUGAUCAAAAACUACCAUCAUUGUACCUGUUAGAUAGCAUUGUGAAGAAUAUCGGAAGGGAUUAUAUUAAAUACUUUGCUGCAAGGCUGCCUGAGAUAUUCAUUAAGGCAUACAGACAAGUUGAUCCUCCUACACAUUCAAGUAUGCGUCAUCUUUUUGGAACGUGGAAAGGAGUCUUUCAUCCACAGACACUUCAAAUUAUCGAGAAAGAACUUGGCUUUAAUUCCAGACAUGAGAGUUCGCCAUCUGUUGUUACCACAACUAGAGCUGAUCCAUCAUCUCAGCGCCCAUCUCAUAGCAUUCAUGUGAAUCCCAAGUAUCUGGAACGGCAGCACCUACAACAAUCGAGCAGGGCAAAAGGAAUGGUUACUGAUGUUCCUGGUAUCAUAUCUAACUCGAAUGGGGAUUCAGAUAGACUGGAGAGAGCUUCAAGCUUAGCAGCUGGAGGUACAUGGGUAGAUCCAUCUGUUAAAGCAAAUAGCAUUCGGAGACCUCCAAGAGAGUCACUUAGCGAACCUCUUUAUGAGAAAGAUAUCACCUCGAUACCCGGUGAAUAUGAUUACGCUUCUGAUCUACCGCAGCAUUCUAGAUCAGGAAAUAAAAAAAUUGGUUCGAGGAUUACAGAUGAAGGACAUGGCAGGCAAUGGUAUGGAUCUAUGAGCAGUUUUCCUGAGAUGAUUUCCGGCCAGAGGGAUGGGUUAAAUACCAAAGGCAGAAUUUCCACCUACAGUGCUGCCAGAUUGUCUAAUCCAGAUCCAAGUGGUCCCGGUAGAAGUAGUAUCGGUGUCUCUAGUAGUUGGAAAAAUUCUGAAGAAGAUGAAUUUAUGUGGGACAUGCACUCAAGACUAACUGAAACUGAUGUAACCAGCAUCAACUUGAGGAAUGAGCCUUGGACAACAGAUGAAUCGGAGAGAUUGGAGUCUGAAAAUCACCUAUUGAGAUCUACUAGACUACCAGACGUGGGGACAAGGUUUGAGUCUGAGAAUUCAACUGAUUCAUAUUCAAGUGAGCAAAAAGAUCGACUUGCAUAUGGUCGCUUGAUAUCUUCUCCAAGGUCGUCGCAAGAUAGUCUUGUUCAGCAUAAUUCAGAAGGUUAUUCUUCUAUGGUUGGUGGGACCUCUACUCUAACAAGAAAAGGGGUUCGGCCUCAAGCUGUUUCAUCUCGUGUUAGAGCCCCAGGCUCCGGUAUUUUGCCACACUCAGCAUCUGAAUCAGAUAGACAAUCACCCGUACAUGAUUCAGCUUCGCUACAGACUUUGACGAAGCAAGAUGUUAGAAGAAUUAAUUCCCUUCCUCAACGUGAUCCUAGGACUUCCCGGCUUCCAGUGAAACCUGAGCGAUCCCAGUCUUCAGGUAGUGUUUCACGUCCUGUUGCUUCGGAUGCUCCAGGCCAAUCAGACGUGAGCAAUUUGCUGGCUGCUGUCAUGAAGAGUGGAAUCCUUUCUAAAAACCCGACUGGUGGUGGAUUGAAGGAGGAGAGCUUUCAAGAUGAGGAGAAUCCAAGAUUGCAAUCCCUCUCCGCAGCCUCUAGACCUAGGACAGUCCCACCAUCAUUGCCAAACUCAGUGGCCAAUGAGAAUUCAUCUACUCGUUUAAAAGUUGGAAAGCCAUCGCCAUUGCCUGGUUCUUGCCCAACGGCAAAUAAGACUUCUGAUGAGAAUAGUAGUAAGGCCUCAGAUCCUAUAUCAAGCCUCUUGAGCUCCUUAGUUUCAAAGGGUUUGAUAUCGGCUUCGAAGACAGAGUUGUCAUCCCUUUCACAGAGCCAGGUUGCUUCUGCAACAGAGGACCAUAGUCCAGAUCAUUCUACCAAUAGCUCUAUAUCUGUAACCGCGGUUCCAUCGGAUAAUAAGCCAGAGGCUUCAGUGAACAGGGGCCCAUCCACAGCCCCUAAAGCAAAAGGGCCUGAUCCGCCAUCUGAAACAGCAAGACUGGAGUCAGACGACCUCAUAGGACUGCAGUUUAGGCCGGACAAAAUCCGGGAAUUUCACCCUGCGGUGAUCGGUAGUCUGUUUGAUGAUGGCAUUCGCCUAAAACACAAGGAACAACUUUUAAUGCACUCGGGAAAGCAUGAUGAGAAGAGCAAGAGCAAAAAGUCAUGGGCUUGGUUUCCAAAAGCUGAUGACUGGGUGGCAGGAAAACCUAGCCAGCUUGAACCCGAUCUCCCUAUCGUUCAGAGGGAGCCCGAGGCAAUGAAGGAAGAUGGUCCAGCUGUCCUGGCAGACGAGAACCAGUGUGCAUGCAUCUUGUGUGGAGAGAUGUUCCAUGACCAUUUCAGUCCAGAAAUGGAUCGAUGGAUGUUCAAGGGGGCGGUUUACUUGCCCAUUGCCUCAGCCGGUAUCGAGGCCAAGGCCACAAUAGUCCAUACAAAUUGCUUGACUGAGAACUCAAAGGAGGAAUUGGGCAUUGUGGAUGAGAUGAAAAAGGAAAAUGACGGUUAGUCCAUUUGAAGAUGAAGAACAAAGGUUUGGUGGGCGCUCAAUGAUGCAAAAUCUUGUAGAAAAUUCCUUGAGCUCUUGAUGCCUUUCUUAGAUCUAUCUCUCUCUAAUUUUUUUUUUUCUUUCCGUGUAAUUUUCGAUCCGAUAGAAAUAACGCAAAAGGGUAUUUUCGUAAUUCUCUACCGAACUCUCGAUGUAAUUUCCCCCGAUGUCUGAAACUGAAAACCAGCUCGGACCGGCUUCUUCCCAUGGACGAGGAACACUCUCAGUUGGUUAUGAGGAAGUUCGGUUUGUUCUAUGGGGACAUAAUGUUUUGUCUUGAAAAGACUAGAGUUUGCCUUGCA